AUGUUCUUCGACAAUGUACAACAGGGUGCGCCCGAUGUUAUGUAUGAGCUAAAGCUUCGAGCUGAUGGCGAUACAAACCCCAAUAAGGUCGACCUUGGCGUCGGAAUCUACCGCAAUGAACAAGGUCUUUACCAUGAGCUGAAGGCUUUAAAAGAUUACGAAGUUACUACAGGUAAUGCCGAAUACUUGCGUAAUGCUGCGCGGAUCGCCUUUGGAAACAGUCCCAACAUUUUAGAGUCAGGCCGAGUCGCUUCUGUGCAGACUAUAUCCGGAACAGGGUCGAUUCACAUUGCUCUCAUGUUCCUCAGCCGUUCAGUUCAAGGCUUGGAGAAGACUGUAUAUGUGGGAACACCCACAUGGGGCAAUUAUCAGCCAAUGUGUUCAAUUGCUGGCCUUCGCUUCCAACCAUACAGGCAUUACUCACCCGAUACCGGUCGUGUAGACUGGAACAGUGUGCUGGAAGCUGUUCGCGGAGCGGCCCCCGGCAGCAUCUUCAUCCUGCAGGCUUGUUGUCAUAAUCCGACUGCAGCGGACUUCUCUCAAGAUCAGUGGAAGACGUUAGCAAAGGAGAUGAAGGACAGGCGCUUAUUCCCUCUGUUCGACAUGGCGUACCAGGGUCUCGGGAACGGUCUAGACGAGGAUGUAUUCGGCUUACGCCAUUUUGCGCAAGAAGGUUUCGAGCUCCUGGCUUGCCAGACUUUCUCUAAAAGCUUUGGCCUGUAUGGAGAAAGGGUCGGUGCUCUUCAUGCUAUUUGCCCUACUGUUCAGGUGGCAUCUGCUGUGCAUGAUCAGCUCCGCUUCUUGAUCCGAUCCGAGUUCUCAUCUUCACCAGCAUACGGAGCCAGGCUCGUGACCACGAUCUUGUCAGAUCCUAAGCGAGAAUUAAUCUGGAGGGAAGAGCUCAAUAGUCUCCAUCAUCGACUACGCACGCUGCGAGAAAAGCUAUUCCAUCUGUUAAAUGAUGUUCAUAAGGAAACUGGGAGAUCAUCACUCGCGGAACAGGACUAUUCAGUUCCCAAUGGUCGCAUAACCGUAUCCGGUCUUAAUGAACGAAAUAUCGACUAUGUAGCGUUAAGCAUCGAUGAGGUUGUACGGGCUUCGGAAACACCCAUCCGAAACCAUAUCUAG